CCGCCGCCAUUAUUUUCUGUUUUUCUUGCCGCCGAAAUUUCUAUGAUUUCUGUUGCCACCAUUUUAUCUAUGAAACAUAACUCGCUCACUUUUGGCAUCAAUCCGUAUAACGGAAGCCGCAAAAUAACAAUGGUAUCGGAAGCCACAAAUAUUAACCACAAUUAUUUGCCGCAAUUAUGGCAGCCAGAAAACAUAGAAAUUAUGACAGCAACAGAAAACAAAGAAAUAAUGGCAGAAGACAUUGUCCAGUCACAUGCUUUCAGCUAA